AUGAGGCAAGCUGGAAUGUAUUCAGGGAUGGUAUCUGGAGGAGGGAUAUGUGGGAGGACGGGACCGCACUCGUUGCCGUUGGCCAGGAUCAAGAAGAUCAUGAAGAAAUCAAAUGAUGAUGUGAAGAUGAUAUCUGGGGAGGCCCCCAUUGUGUUCUCCAAGGCUUGUGAGUUGUUUAUAGAGGAGAUUACAAAGAGGUCUUGGAGGAUGGCCAUGCAAGCCAAGAGGAGGACACUUCACAAAGAAGAUGUUGCUUCUGCUGUUGCAGCCACUGAUGUCUUUGACUUUCUUCUCAACCUGGUUUCUGAUCAUCAUCAUCUUUCCACUACUAACACUACUCAAGAAGAUGCUUAA